AAGAUGUGAAAGCUGACUUUACAAUGACAUUUCGGCAACUUGGUGAGAUUUCAUUAGCCAGUUUGAAGGACUUUAGGAUUUCUCAGGACUGAAGCCGGGGACUCCUUCCUGAGCAGCAACUGUGGCCGCGCUGAUUCACAGCCGCUCUUUGCUAUGAGGAUAUCAACAUGAAUUCUGGGCUCUGCAGGACAUCGCUAAGCACAACCUUUUUCCCAGUUGGAUUUCUAUGUAUCUCUUGAGAUUACAAAGGAACGCAGGAGAUUCAGAAGCUGACCGAAAAAGAAGAAUGGCCAGUGUUAACCCAAGGUACGUGCUCAGGAACUGGAUGGCAGAGUCGGCUAUUCGGAAGGCUGAAAGGAAUGAUUUUUCUGAGGUUUGGCUCCUGCAGCAGGUUUUGCAGCGCCCCUUCCAGAUGCAGACUAUGGCAGAGAGAGCUGGGUAUGCCCAACGUCCCCCGCCCUGGGCCAAAGAGAUCAAAGUCAGCUGUUCAUCUUGAUGAUGAAGAGAAUCUGCUCCAAGAUGACAGGAAAGGCCGAUGCUCAGACAAGAUCACAGCAUCACCAGCAGACACCAGUCUUGACUUGGUUUGGUUUUGCUCUGUUGCUACUUUUGUGUCUGCACUUGGCCAGAACAGAGUGGGAGACUCACAAGCAGGGUGUAACAGUUUAAAAAAAGGUUUAUUGCUAGAAGAAUUGAGACCCUAACUCCUCCCUGGGUCUGACUAAAAUAAAGUACUUGC